AUGGCGCCCCCCUCCGCCCUAUCCUGCUGCGGGCUUCUCCGCCGCUGCACUCCCGCCUGCUCGCCCCCGCCCUCGCCCACGCCCGGCCUCCACCACCCGCUGCGCUACGACCGCCGCCGUUGGGCCGUGCUGCCUCAGCAGGAGGAGGAGAGCGGCGGACGGCUGACGAAGCUGUUCGUGGAGAUGAGGAAGAAGGCGCAGGGAUACGCGGCGGUAGCUGCUUAUGCUCGCGAGAGCACGGCACGACCAUCCCACGCGGCAACGCCUACGCCUAUUCCAACACCAGACCGAAGCACGAGAAGAGCACAAUUCCAGCAAUAUCCCACUCCAUACAUCCUGCAGGCAGAGCAAGAACCUCAUCCUACCCUUCCACCAGGCAUCAAACACGAUCAAGACCCCCAGCACACCCCCAGCAAUGCGUCCGUACCUGCCAGCAGGCCGAAAACCACAAUCCAACCCUUAUACUAUCACCAGCAGCAGGAGCAGCAGCAUCGAGAACCUCAAGCGGAGGAGGCAGAAUGGCAGAUCAGGCAGGAAAAUGGGGCUGCAGGAUUGCAGGAUUACAUACACGGACAUGAUAGCCCAAUUCCCAAAGAACACUCGACCCCAAAUGUGUAA